AUGUCCAAGGUUUUCUUCGAUGUCGAGGCUGACGGCCAGCCAGUUGGCCGUAUCACUUUCAAGCUCUACAACGACGUAGUGCCCAAGACCGCUGAAAACUUCAGAGCGUUGUGCACCGGCGAAAAGGGUUUCGGAUACUCCGGCUGCCCAUUCCACCGUGUCAUCCCAGACUUCAUGUUGCAAGGCGGUGACUUUACGCACGGCACCGGUAUUGGCGGUAAAUCGAUCUACGGCGGCAAGUUCCCAGACGAGAACUUCGUCAAGAAGCAUGACAGACCAGGUCUAUUGUCCAUGGCCAACGCGGGGCCAAACACCAACGGUUCUCAGUUUUUCGUCACCACUGUGCCAUGCCCAUGGCUAGACGGCAAGCACGUCGUGUUUGGUGAGGUCGCUGACGGGUUUGACGUUGUUAAGAAGAUCGAGUCUUUAGGUUCUCCUAACGGUGCUACCAGAGGCCGCAUCAUCAUUGCCAAGUCUGGUGAAUUGUAA